AUGGCCGAGGACGGAGCCCCAGUCGGAGCCCCAGUCGCAGCAGGAGCCCCAGUCGCGGCGACAGGAGAUCAUAUCGAGAACGAAGUUACACCCGAAAGUUCCAAGAUUGUGGUGGAGAAGCUCACCAAGAAUGUGACGGAAGCCCACUUACGCGAGAUCUUUGGGUCGUACGGUCGCAUCGAGGCCAUUGACCUGCCCCUCAACAGACAGUUCAUGACAAAUCGUGGAACGGCAUACAUUCUUUACGACCACCCAUCCGGUUCCGAGGCCGCCAUUGCCCAUAUGCACGAAGCCCAACUCGACGGCAUGGUCAUUUCACCAAAACCUCGAGACAGGGUCCGGGUCCGGGUCCACGAUACGGCCCGCCGCCACGAGGCCCGCCGCCGCCGAGAUACCGGAGUCCACCACCCAGGAGAGGCGGCUACGGAGGUGGCAGACGAGGCGAUGACAAUUCAUACGUACCACGUGCCCAAUAUUCCAGAUCACCUUCCCCACCGAGACGGCGCCGGCGGUCAAUAUCACGUUCCAGGUCGCCUUCCAGAACUCCCCCCAGGAGACGAGGAGGGGGACCAGGGGGGGGAGGAGGUCGAAGCCCGCCACGGAGACGACGACGAAGCCCGAGUUAUACUUCUCAAAGCAGCUACACCCGCAGCCGUAGCCGCAGUCCCAGCGUGA